UAAAACAAAGGGAAAAAAAAGAAGCUCUGGCUCACACACCAGACGCUGACCCGACCAGUCGACCACCCAACACACCCUCUCGAUUCAUCUUUCCGUGGCUGUUUUCGGCGCUGUUUAGGUGGAAUACACCGUUCGUUCUCGGUUCGAUUCUCAGUCAGUCAGCAGCCAACUUGUCUUUGUCUAAACUGUUUCAGUCUCCCUCUUUUGCUUACUUUCAUGUUUUAAGCUUCAUUGCCCUUUCACUGCGAUUCAGGGGCAUCGUUCUUGCUUAUCUCGAUCUUGUUGAAAAAAAUGGCGACGGACCCAGAUGUCGAGCAAGAAGCACAUCGCUUGAAAGCAGUAGCAGAAACCAAAUACAAGAAUUCGAACCUGAAAUCAGCUCUGAAACAUGCGAAGAAAGCCCACCGUCUUUGCCCAAACCUGGAAGGCAUCUCCUCAAUGCUCACUGCCUUUAAGAUUCUCCAGAUGGCAUCCGAACCCAAUGCUACGCCAGACUGGUAUAAAAUCCUCCAGGUAGAGCCCUUUUCCCACAUAAAUUCCAUCAAGAAGCAGUAUAGGAAACUGGCAUUAAUUUUGCACCCUGAUAAGAACCAAUUUUUAGGAUGUGAAGAAGCGUUUAAGCUAGUGGGUGAAGGGUUUAGGAUAUUUUCAGAUAAGAUUAGGAGGAAAGAAUAUGAUAUGAAGCUUAGGAUUCGGAUUCAGGAGGAAAGUGUUGUUGGACUGGAAGGGAAUGGUGGUGUUGAUGAGACAUUUUGGACUGCGUGUUCGCGAUGUAGGUUGUUGCAUAAAUUUGAAAGGAAGUAUUUGGGUCAUAAUUUGGUUUGCCCAACCUGUAAGAAGAGCUUUUUAGCUGUGGAGGUUCAUGGAGAAGGUGGUGAUGGUCAUGGUGAAAGUACGGAAGAGGAAGACGUGUUGGCCUCUACAGUGAGUGAGAGGUUGAAGAGAAAGAUGGUGGAGAAAAUGGAUGGGCCCGGAGAUGAUGGGUUGGAGGGGGCAAAGGGUAGCGGUGAGACAAUUGUAAGUGUAGGCUUAAGGAAGAAAGCUAGUGGUGAGAUUUUAAAGGAGAAAGCGAGUAGUGAUGUGGAGGAAGAAGCGGAUGUUUGUGAAUGGGGUGUGGGGAGAUUAAGGAGCAGGGGUUCAAGGAGGACAAGAACUGUUGGGCAGAUAUUGGCAAGGCCUGUAGCUGCAAAGGUGGGAGAUGAUGAGAUGGCGGAGAGACCAAAGUCAAAGAGGGUAAAAGUUGUAGAGGAGACAAUGACACUUGCGGAAAUGCAGUUGGAAAUGAAGCGAAAGGUGAAUCAAAGAAAGGCAAACACAAAUAGAAAAGAAAAGGUGAAAGAUGUGGGUAAUAAGGAGAAAGAAAGAGAGGGACAUGAGCCUAAACAAGAUAGCAUUUCAAAGAAUGAGAAACCAAAGGCAUCAGGGAAGAAUACGGAUUUUGAGAUUGACAAUCAAGGACCUUCACAGGCAAGUGUGAAUGUGGGGAUUAUGACACGCUCGACUAAGAAAAUAAGUGUAGAUUUGGAAGCUAAGACUCAAGAGGGUGUGAAGAAGAAUCAAAAUUCAGAGAUGAAAAAGCAAGGGACAUCUAGGAAGAGAGUGAAUUUGGACAUUGAGAAGUGUCGUGAUUCCAAGAGUAGGGACAUGGAAAUUGUGGCUGUGGAGGACUCAGAUUUCUACGAUUUUGAUAAAGAUAGAUCAGAAAAGUAUUUUAAGAAAGGGCAAGUGUGGGCCAUAUAUGAUGAUGAUGAUGGAAUGCCUAGGAAUUAUGGUUUGAUUGAGGAAGUAUUUUCAGUAAAUCCGUUUGAAGUGACGAUGAGUUGGUUGGAUUUUCAGAAUAAUGGGGAUGACAGAUUGAUGGGUUGGGAGAGAAUGGGAUUUCGUAUAUGCUGUGGGAGAUUUAAGGUUGGCAGGAAGAGUUCCAAAAACACUUUGGAUAUCUUUUCGCACAUGGUAGAAUCUGAAAGGGCAGCAAAGGAAUUUUAUAGGAUUUAUCCAAGGAAGGGCUCGGUUUGGGCUGUUUAUAAUGAAGCUAAGUUAGGUGCAGGAGCAAGAAAUCUUUCAUCCAGAGAUAAACACUGCUACGACAUAGUCAUGCUUUUAACAACCUAUAGUGACAUUCAUGGGUUGAGCAUGGCAUAUCUUGAGAAGGUCGAUGGAUUUAAGACGAUAUUUAAGAGACAGGAGAUUGGAUGUCAGGCUAUUAGAUGGCUUGAAAAAGAUGAUAUUAGAUUGUUUUCACAUCAGAUUCCUGCACGGAAGCUUUCUAGUGAUGAUGUACCUGAUCAUUUGAAAGAUUGCUGGGAACUCGAUCCUGCUUCACUUCCUCCUGAUCUUCUUGCAGUUGGUCGGUAAAGAUGAUAUGUAUUUCAGAAACCUGAAUUUAUUACUAUAUAUGCGCUCCAUUCACAUAAUAGUUUAGGGGGAUCGAAUAUGACUUGAGUACAGUAUGGUGCAGAGACAGAUAUGAACUCUUAGUUGCUUUAUAAGUUCUAUAUUGUAAUAGCUGCUGCAAUAGUCGUUACUUGGAAGAGAGAACGUAUGAAAUAUUUUAAUAAUACCUGUA